UUCCCUCUCUGUCACUCCGCUGGGCAGCACACAAACUGACUCUCCUCACCAGGUCAAACACUACAAACUGCCUCCGACGUCCAUGUCUGCACUCCGACACCCUCUCACUCCACCUCUCCACCCCACAACCUCCCCUCGCCCACUCCGACCCCGGCAUCGCCAUGGAGAUGAUUGUUCUACUUCUGCUCUUCUGCUCAGGUGUCAGGAGUCAAGAGUCCUCAUGCGGUGACACGCUAGUUAUCGGUGGUCACAUCAGGCAGUUUAUUCACUCAAAAAUAAGCAUGGACUGGUCUGAGGCGCAGACUUACUGCACGACAAAUUUCACCAACCUUGUUACUGUGUACAAUCAAAAUGACAACUACCCCGGAUUUGAACGAUAUGCAAUGGCCUGGAUCGGUCUCUAUCGUAGAAAUACCAGCCUAAGGUGGUCCAAUGGAGAGCCUGUUGAUUUUACACGAUGGUCAAACUCUACCAAUACAGAUGAACAAUACUGUGCAAUAGUCACAACUAACAACAAUGUGACAUGGGAGAAUUGUUCCCUGCGACUUCCCUUCGUGUGUUAUAACAAAGACUUUAGUUCCUCUUACAGACACAUCCUGAUCCCUGAGAGGAUGACCUGGUGUGGGGCUCGUUCUUACUGUCAGCAGAGACACGCUGACCUGGCUGUCAUUAGAGACCAGAGCCAGUAUGAUGAGGUUACACAGAUAAAGAGCAGCUCUCCUUUCUGGAUUGGUCUGAAGAGCUAUGGCUGGGAGUGGUCGGAUGGAGCGUGUUUUGACUACAGAAACGUCCCUGGAAAAAUACGUCAAACGGAUUGUCAAUACUUAAGAUUAAAUGAAAAUUACCCAAAUUAUCCGAUUCAUGCUGGGGACUGCAAUUCCAAAUUUAAAGCCUUAUGUUACAAAGACUUCAUGACGGUGGAGAUCAUUUAUCAGAAAAUGGAUUGGGAAGGAGCCUUAAAGUACUGCUUCGAAAACCACGACGGAAUGCUGACCAUCACGUCAUUACACGAUCAGAUGGUAGUCAAGCAGAAGCUGAGCUCCACUGGUCUCUCAGGUCACGUGUGGGUGGGGCUGAGACAGAGCCGUAUCUUUGGCUUCUGGAUGUGGACCAGUGAUGUCACAGUGGGGGCGUGGCGCAACUGGGAGGGGGUAAAUGCUCCGGAGAUGCCGCUGUCCAACAACUGCGGCGCUGUAUCCAUGGAGGACUUUAAGUGGAGCGAUCAGCACUGUUUGGUCAAGCGUUACUUUGUCUGUGAGAGGAGAAAGUAGGAAGCUUUAAAUGAGCAUCGCAAAAUGAUUUAAGGUGUUCGCAGUGGUCUUGAAGGCUUUUUGUUUAGCUACUCAGCUAACUGUAUAGUUAUUCAAUGGUGUCUCUAAAUAAAUAUCAGGUAGAGUAUUCUACAGAAUGUGUGCAUGAAUGGGAUAUAGUUAAGCGACCAUCAUGUUUCAACGUUUCUCUCAAUGUAUAAAUGUAUCAUGGGGUGCAUCCAAUGAAUGUUAUACUUCUAAAUUGCAUUCUGCCAAAUCGCUGUUCUGUUGCAGAGCAAAAAAAAUUACAAAAAAAGGUGAAAAUCAAAACUGCGGUGUCAUAUUUUAAAAGCCAAUGUGAAUAAAGUGUGAUAGAGAAUGUC